UCAAAAAACUAUCCAGCAUCCCACUGUUUUACUGCACUUAGAGGCUAGAAAAACAUGAAAUUUGGGAAGGAAUUCACGGCACAAAUGGUGCCGGAAUGGCAAGAAGCAUACAUGGAUUAUAAUUAUCUCAAAACCCUUUUGAAAGAAAUCCAACGCUUCAAGCAAAGAAACCGGCCACCAGCCACACCGGCCGGCCUAAAGCAAAAGGCCACACUUUACAGAGCUUUUAGUGGCCUGACACAAAGAUACAACCAACCCAAGAGCCCCAGCCCAUCCACCCCUGAUCAUGACAUUGAAACCCAAGCCAUUCUGGUUAAAUCCGUGAACCGGGAUGGCUCCCAAAGCUGUCAGACUACGUUUCUCAUGGCCGCUGAAGAUGGCGGAGAAUAUGAGUUAGUUUACUUCAGGAGGCUGGAUGAUGAAUUCAAUAAAGUGGACAAGUUUUACAGGUCCAUGGUAGAGGAGGUGAUGAAGGAAGCGGCGACGCUGAAUAAGCAAAUGGAUGCUUUGAUUGCUUUUCGAAUCAAAGUGGAGAAUCCUCGAGGUGGGUUUGACUGGUCAGUGGAGAUGACUCGUCUCGCUUCAGAUGUUGCAGCUUCAACAGCUGCGUUGUCGGCUUCUACACCAAGUGGAGCCAGAGCAAGAAGAGUUGCCAUGGGCAUGGAUGUGAUUGAAGAGAGUGGGCCGAGCAGCCGUGGACAAUCAGAUGAAUCGAGUGACGAAAAAGAUGUCAAGUCUUUGAAGCCGCCGAACAACAUCAGGGCCACUAGACCGGCUCCACUUGAAGUACUUAAGCAUGUGAAGAUGAACAACACUCUGGAGACUCCUCGCUCAACCAUUAAAGGAUUCCUCAAUUACCCUAUGCAGACAGAGCUGAAAUUCAGCAGGGAAAAUCUCAAGAAAGUCGAAGAAAAACUUAAGCUGGCUUUUGUUGAAUUUUACCAGAAGCUUCGGCUUCUAAGGAGCUAUAGCUUCUUGAAUACACUGGCAUUUUCAAAGAUCAUGAAGAAAUAUGAUAAGAUCACUUCAAGGCAUGCAGCAAAAUCUUACAUGAAAAUGGUGGAUAACUCCUUCCUUGGCAGCUCUGAUGAGGUCACCAAGCUUAUGGAAAGGGUUGAAGCUACAUUCAUCAAGCAUUUCUCCAACUCUAACCGCACUAAAGCCAUCAACAUCUUAAGACCCAAGGCAAAGAGAGACAAACAUAGGAUAACAUUUUCCAUGGGUUUUUUUGCUGGGUGCACAGCAGCUCUGAUAGUAGCUCUUGUUUUGAUCAUACGUGCCCGCGGUAUCAUGAAUAUGGAGGGGGGCACCCAGUACAUGGAGAACAUGUUUCCCCUUUACAGCUUGUUUGGGUUUAUAGUUCUGCACAUGCUGAUGUACGCCGCAAAUAUAUACUUCUGGAGGCGGUACCGAGUCAAUUAUUCAUUCAUAUUUGGAUUCAAGGAAGGAACCGAGGUGGGCUACCUUGAAGUUCUUCUCCUCAGUUUUGGUCUUGCGGCGCUUGCACUCGCCAGCGUGCUCUCAAACCUUGACAUGCAUUCGCCACAUUACAAUGCCUUCACUGAGCUUUUACCUCUCAACUUGGUUUUUCUUGUGCUUAUCAUAUUUUUCUGCCCAUUCAACAUAAUGUAUCGCACAGGUCGUUUCUUCUUCCUCACAUGUCUCUUCCACUGUAUCUGUGCUCCUUUGUACAAGGUCACACUCCCAGAUUUCUUCUUGGCAGAUCAGUUGACUAGCCAGGUGCAAGCCCUUAGAAGUCUUGAGUUCUACAUUUGCUACUAUGGUUGGGGAGACUACAAACAUAGACACAACACUUGCAAAAAAAGCACCGUAUUCAAAACUUUCUGUUUCAUUGUUGCUGUGAUUCCAUACUGGUCUCGACUCCUUCAGUGCAUCCGUCGCCUGUAUGAAGAGAGAGAUUCUAUGCAGGGAUAUAACGGGCUGAAAUAUUUUCUGACAAUUGUGGCUGUUUGCAUGAGGACAGCUUACAGUCUUAACAAGGGAUUGGGUUGGAGAGCUUUAGCCUGGAUUUUCUCAGCCGGUGCAGCAAUUGUUAGUACGUACUGGGACCUCUGUAUUGACUGGGGGCUUCUUCAACGGCAAUCGAAGAACCGCUGGUUGAGAGACAAGCUCCUAAUACCUCACAAAAGUGUAUAUUUUGGAGCCAUGGUGUUGAAUGUUUUACUGAGGUUUGCUUGGUUGCAAACUGUAGUGGAGUUGAAGGUGUCUUUCUUACAUACAGAGUCCUUAAUCACCAUUGUAGCCAGCCUAGAGAUCAUUCGUCGUGGGAUAUGGAAUUUCUUCAGGUUGGAGAAUGAGCAUUUGACUAAUGUUGGCAAGUACCGAGCAUUCAAGUCUGUACCGCUACCCUUCAACUAUGAUGAAGACGACGACAAGGAUGAGUAGGCUGUCGCGGACUGCAUUUAGAAGAAAAAAAAGGGGCAAACACUACUUAUCUCAAGGUUGUAGCACCAAGUGUACUAAUGAUUUGUUCAAUUUGAAAAAGCAAAUAAAAGCUUUUCUCUAGGGAUCUAAAUGACAAUUUGUUUUCAAUAAACAAGCCAAUGAUCAUAA